AAAAUGGUAAUUCAGCGAAGUUGGAAAAUACCCACCGAUGUGGGCGGUUCCCUAAACAGUAGCAUCACCACAUCAGCAAACGAAACGCAGCAGCAGCAGCUGCGUUCCUCUCCGGGUAUGCAACUGCAGGCAGCCAACUCCUCCUCAGAUGACUCCGACUGCUCCAAUCAAACCACCCAUUCGAUGGACACUCGCAUGGCCAGUCCAGUGGAGCAAGUGAGAAAGCAGGCGGAGAAGGACGCGGCGGCUGCAGAAUCGAGCACCAUUACCUUGUCGCUUUUAGGCGAGUCCACAUCCUCGGAUGCGGAAACCUCACAGAAGUAUGUAACCACUCCUGAAAUGGCGGAGAACAUGUUGCAACGCAUUCGCCAGCGACUUGGAGGCUCACACAACAUGGAAAGUGGCGGCAGUGCCGAGUCCGCGAUGAGAGCUCUUGAACUUCUGAGGAUAAGUGUGCAACAAGCCUUCGAUGCGGAGGUCAAUGAGAUAAUCAAACGUUAUGUGCAAAACUACUUUAAGCCCGCCUUUGGCAACAUCAAGGAGAAUCUCGGUCAACAUUCAGUGAAUGAGGAAACCUUGCAAAAGAUGUCUUCGUGUGCUUUGCUGGAAAAUGCCAAGGCUCAGUACACGAACUUUGUGCGCCAGCAUCGUUUGGUGCCUGCUGGUGGAGUUACAGAGCAGCAGCGUUUGAGCCUCAAACGCACAGCUAAGCAGGAGAUUAACACAAAUAACAAAGUGAUUGCAGUGGCCAGCAAACCCAUGCCCUGCACAGCGACCACGAUUAAUCAGUUGCCAGCUCAGAAUCAACAACCUGCUGCUCAGAUUUUGCCAAUUCAACAACAGCCGGAGUUGCAAAUGGUUCAGCCUUUGCAGCAGCAGCAGGAACCAAAUCAGGCACAAAAUCAACAGCAACAUCAGCAGCAGCAGCAGCAGCAGCAGCAGCAGCAGCAGCAGCAGCAUAGAUCCACUGUUACACCGCUUGUGGGUGGUACUCUGCCCACGCCCGUGCGCCGCCAGAUAUUCUGGAACACCGCACAGAUCUCGACCAGCACCAAGUUCGUGCUGGAUGUGCAGGCCAACCUGGCCUUUGGCUUUGGCACCGACGGCAAGGAACGUUUGGCCAGCAAGCAUCCGGAAUUGAUACGAUAUCUGCCGGAUGGCGAGGACCGGGAAUGGCUGGCCACUCGCGGCAUUAUUCCCGCCGAGAAUCGCAGUUCGCGGUUCUUGUUUCUCAUCUACGAUGAAGUCUGCCGGCUGCAGCAAACCCACGAGCUGUAUCGCCACAAAACCAACAUUGAUCUCAGCAUGAUGCUUACGUUUAGUGUCACCGAUGCCAUGAUACACAAGAUGCGGCUGUUCUUUGUGGAUCUGAAUAUCAAGAGUCGCGGGCUCAUAACCAACUCGUAUAUUAUUCCCAGCCAGCAGCAGCAGCAGCAAUCGGGUAAUGCCAACAACAGUCAUCUGCGGAAUGCUUUGCUUCAGGGCGCUUCAGCUCAGCAACAGCAGCAGCAGCAGCAGCAGCAGCAGCAACAACAGAUAGCUACGCCACCGGCUGAUGAAGUAGUGCUAAAGGAACUCCCAGCUGCAUCGCCCACUCCUUGUUUGCAGGGUCAGGUGGUGGGCAGCACCACAACGCCGCUAAAAAACAAACUGGCUGCCAGUUCCACGCUCAGUUCCUCGCAUGCCACACUCACAGCGCUACUGAACAACGGAGGAGCUGUUGUGGGAACAGUUCCUCCGGGAAAUUCCACUCCCAGCAACAUAGGAAAAUUUAGAAACUAAGACCAGUCAAUUUGGUAUGUUGAUUAUGAUUUUUAUGCCUAGUAGAUUCUAACUGAAAAUGCUGUAUAUUCAAACUUAAAAUUUUUUAGUACACUAUUUUCAUUUUACUUUCUAAAGAAUGCUAUACUAAGGUAAAUAUUUAUAAAUGAUCGAAGCUUAAUUGUCAAACGCCAGAAAC